CAUUAAAAUUGAAACCAUUCAUCGUAUGUAUAUAACCGCAGAGCGCUGAGCGUAGCCCACCAUAUAUAAUAUUAUUCUCGCUGACGCGGUGCGCUGUCUCUUGUGUUUUGUUGUGUUGUAUUGAUUUUGUAUUUUGUGUACAUUUAGACGAGAUAGCUCAGAAAACAAGAAUGGAGGUUCAAUUUAAAGUUUAUACAUUCUGGAAUGGGAGUGAGAAGCCAGAAGUAAGAAGGUUUGGGAUUGAAAGAGGUGUUGUAACCAGCUUUCAGUAUUUGAGUGCUAAGCUUCAAGAUAUCUACCCUAAGCUUAAGGGAAAGAGCUUCACUGUCUCUUGGAAAGAUGAAGAAGGUGAUGAUGUGACAAUUUCAUCAGACGAUGAAUUGAUGAUUGCUCUGACGUCAAUGUCAGAUGAUUUGAAGCGGCUCCAUGUGCACACCAAGGGGGAUAAUAACAAUGACGAUUGUGACAUUGUUAUAACUGCUGUUACUGAUAAUAAUGCAGGACCUUCCACUGGACCCAACAUUCCUCACUCUGGCGUAGUGUGCGACGGCUGCGAUGUUCCCAUAACGGGUUUCCGCUACAAGUGCACCUUCUGCGAUGACUACGACCUGUGCUCCAAGUGCGAGUCCGCCGGCCUGCACCCUGAGCAUUGCAUGGUGCGAGUACCUGUUCCCUCACUACCUCGCACCGUUAUCAAGGCGGCAGUGAAGCGAUCGCGCCAUUUCCUCAAAACAUUGAAUCAAAUCAACGAGGAACAUUGCAAGAAGCAACGUCAUGAGAGUGAAAGUAAGCGGCGGGAGCAUCAUGGCCACCACGGCCAUCAUCGCCGCCAGGCCCGUGACGAACACCAACGCCGGCCACGCACCAGCUGGCUGGAAACAUUCGCCACUUAUAUGAACGAAUUUGCGAACCUAGCUGGGGACGUCGGGGUUGAAACUGAACAUGAACCUACUGCAAACCAGGAAACCCCGACAGCCGCUAAUGAAACCCCUAAAAGUCAGGCUGAAGCUUCAAAGGCUAGCGCAUCUGCUUCCGCCUCCGCAUCAGCAAACGCUCAGCAAACAUCAUCGGCCAGGGGACCGCAAUGCCCUUUCACACCCGAUAAUUUGAACAUGGAUAACAUUCAAAAACUUUUGAACAUGUAUUUGAGUGGAAACUUGAAUGCUUUUAUGCCGCAACAGCCAUCGACAUCUGCUGCAAAGGAAAAGACUGAUGUGGAAAUGGGCCAAGGGGACAGGAAGGCGUCUGACGCUGAUAAGCAAAGUGUGGCUUCAGAAGUGUCCUCAACUUCGAAUGCAGCAGCUCAGUCGAAGAAAGAGGAUUCCCCUGACAAAACUGAUGAGUGGACUGUUAUCAAUAAUGACAAAGAUCUUAUGGAUUCUGAAGCUAAGGCUCCUGGCGCAGAAACAAACCCUCCCAUUGGUUUCAACCUGCCUGAGGAGUUCCAAAAUCGUGUGCAAAUCAACGAGGGCCAAAGUCUCUACCCGCCUCUCAAUACUGCCACAGCUGUGUUGAAUCCCAAAGAGCCUGCGGUGAAAGUUCCAGAACAACCGAAGCCGACUGCUCCGGAAGAACCAAAGACUAAGGAUGCUGGCAAGCAAACAUCAGCCACUGGUCGCCAGGAACGACACCCAAUGGCUCAUAUUCAAGCGGCCAUUGAGCAGAUGAUUGCAAUGGGCUUCACUAAUGAAGGAGGAUGGUUGACUCAACUACUUGAGAGCAAGGAUGGCAAUAUCGCUGCUGUUCUUGACCUAUUGACUCCUAUCAAUGCUAAGAAGUAAUUAUAUUCAUCAAGAAUAUAAAAUACUUUUAUUCUCUUCUAUUGCAUUAUUCUCUAUUAGAUCUGGGGCAUCAUAUCAUAGCCCCAAAUAGAUACUUCAAAUAAACAUAUUUUUUGCAUAGAUAAGAAGUAAUAUCAUAAGUUAAAAUUAUAUUGACAAUGGUAAUAGAAUAUGUUAUUUACCUGUUUUAUGACUGAAUGUCUUGCCUAAUUUGUAUUAAUUAUUUCAGUUAUUUUUAUUUUAUUAUUGUUUAUAUAAAAUGGAAAAUUACAUACCUAAUAUGGUAUUUUUGUGUUCUCUAAAUAUAAUUUCUUAUUGAUAUGAAGAUAUAUAUUUCGUUUAUAUAUCUUGUUGAUAUAAUGACAACUUCAUGAUAUUCAUGUAGCUAACAUUGACAUAUUAUGGAAAGACAUGUUAUGACUGAUUGUAAGGCCUGAUAAAAAUGUGAUAAAGUGUGAUGGUUUCAUGUAGAAAAAUGUUUAUUUUCCUUAGAAUAUAAUAAAGGUAUAUGGGCAA